AUGGCGCCCGGUGAUUCCUCGAGAGAGUCGUCGCGUCGACCGCGGGACUCAACGGGCAGGAAACAUCACCACAAGAAACGACGCUCACAAGACCAUCACCGGUCAAGACGACCUGCGACGGACUCGGGAGAGAGUAGGGCGGAAAGAAGCUCGCAAGCGCUGUCCGCAAAUGCGCUGGGGAAAUUAAAUGAGGAGAAUACGAGAAGACACCGAAGAAGGGAAUCCGACGCGGACAGGCCCAGAGAUGCGGCCAGAGACGCAGAAAGGGAAAGAAUGAGAAGAGAGAGAAGAGAAAGAAGAGAGAGAAGGGCGCAGCGUGAAGAGUACAGGGAUUCGCCCAGAGAAAGACCGCAUCGGGUUCGACGUGACGAGUACAGUGAUGUGACCUACGAGAAACCGCGGAGAGAGCACCGGAAGAAGCGAGUGGUCAGCGGCGCCAUCCUCGAGGAGGGCCGAGGCUCGCGGGGGUUAAGAGGUGGCGGAUGGAGCAGCUCAGAUAACAGCAUUGAGAAGGAAUACCUUGUGGGCGAUCCCCCGAAGCCGAUCAAGAAGCGGAAAAAGCUUUGGAUUUGCCUUGGGAUAUGCCUGGUUCUUCUCAUCAUCAUUAUCGUCGUGGCAGUGGUGGUCAGCAAGAAUAAUUCCAACAAGAAGGAAACGAAGACGGUAGACCUCAAUGGUCAAGAUAAGAACAGCAUCCCGAUGAAAUGGCGCGGUACCUAUCUCGACCCGUGGUCUUGGGCGGACACGACCGACUUCAACGUCACUUUCACCGAUCAGAUGGUUGGCGACCUGCCUCUUAUGGGUCUCUACACCGACUGGGACGACUCGAAGCGCGCCAACGAUAAGGUCCCGCCUCUCGACGAGGCUUGGGGGUCGUAUGGAUCCAGGCCGGCACGAGGAGUCAACGUUGGAGGGUGGCUGAACCUCGAACCCUUCAUCACGCCGUCUCUCUUCGACUACGACUCCCGCCUAGGAAUCAUCGACGAGUACACGCUCUGCAAGCACUUGGGUGCCAGGAAGACGGCUGAAGUGCUCGAAAACCACUACAAGACAUUUGUGACGGAACAGACAUUCAAAGAAAUUGCCAACGCCGGCCUCGACCAUGUCCGCAUCCCUUUCAACUACUGGGCCGUCGAAGUCUACGACGGCGACCCGUACCUGUUCCGCACCUCGUGGAGAUAUCUCCUCCGUGGCAUCGAAUGGGCGCGCAAGUACGGACUCCGCGUGAACUUGGACGUACACGGCCUGCCGGGCAGUCAGAACGGAUGGAAUCACUCUGGUCGGCAAGGAGUCAUCGGUUGGCUCAACGGCACCGACGGAGCCACCAAUGGGCAGCGCAGUCUCGACAUGCAUGACCGAUUAUCCAAGUUCUUCGCGCAAGACCGGUACAAGAACAUUAUUUCGUUUUAUGGACUGGUCAAUGAACCCAAGAUGACGGAGUUGAGCGUUUCGGACGUGAUUGCGUGGACGGAGAAGGCAUACAAGCUGGUCAAAGACAAUGGUAUCCGCGGCAUCGUGGUCUUUGGAGAUGGGUUCAUGGGCCUGCACAACUGGCAAGGGCGAAUGACGGGGUACAGCGACAUGGCGCUGGAUGUGCACCAGUAUGUCAUUUUCAAUACGGACCAGAUUGCGUUCACACGCAAAAAGAAGGUCGAGUAUGCGUGCGACGGCUGGACAGAGCAGACAGUGCAGUCGAUGGACACAUCGACCGGCUACGGGCCGACACUCUUCGCCGAGUGGUCGCAGGCGGAUACGGACUGUGCGAAGUAUGUCACCAACGUUGGCUGGGGUAACCGAUGGACGGGUACGUACGACACGGGCAACUCGUCGACGUCGAUUCUUACGCCGCGAUGCCCUACGCAGGACUCCAGGUGCGACUGUGGGGUGGUCAACGGCGAUGCCAAGGGGUUCAACAGCGACUACAAGAAGUUUUUGCAAAUGUUCGCCGAGGCGCAGAUGCAUUCGUUCGAGAAGGGGUGGGGAUGGUGGUACUGGACCUGGGACACGGAGAGCGCGCCGCUGUGGAGUUACAAAAAGGCUCUCGAGGCCGGAAUCAUGCCUGCCAAGGCAUACGACCGAGACUUUGACUGCUCCGGGACCAUUCCGUCUUUUGACAGCCUGCCCGAGUACCACCGUAUGUGA